AUUUAAUUUUUACGACACAACAUUGCUCAUCCAUUCUUUUCCAUGUUUGAGAAUGUACAUGGAUAGCAAUAUUAAGCACUAAAGAUAUUUCAAAAUGUUUUCCAAUGCAGAUGAUGAAGAAGUAGAGAUCUUAGAAAGAUUGAGAGAGAUUAACAAGGAGUACAUGAGCAAAAAGCGAAAACUAAAAAGAUGUGAGCGUGCUUCAAAAGCAAAGGCACAUGUGCGACAACGGUUGGCACAGGAGGCAGAAAGAGGACUACCUGGUUCUAAGGAGGGACAGAAGUGUUGUAGAGCUGGGUUGCCUGUAAACGGAAUUCACUCUGCUAUCUCUGGCCAUGACGAUUCUGAAACUGGCAACCAUAGCACAUUAGAGAGAACUUGGACUGACACCAAAUCUGCAAACAUCAAAGAGAAUGAAACUAGGAUCAGCAAACUAUCUGAGACUGUAAAAGAUGAACUCAGUCAGGACAUCUUUGUGUCACCUGUCAAAUCUGAUGGCGAUGUUGGUGUUAAUCAUUUGUGUCAAGCUCAAUUACAGGUUGAGAUUGAUGAUGUCAAAGUUAUAGAACAAGUGAAACUACAACCAAAGACGAAGCAGCUUAGUUUAUUGAAAUAUAAACGGAAAAACUUCAUUCCAAACAAACUGAUCAGUAGACCGAGUGUAAAAGAACAUUCAAGCUUAAAUCAGAAAGAACUUGAUGAAGAUAAACACUGUUUUUCUCAAAAUACAGAUGAAGAUAAAAGCUCAAAACAAUUGUUUGAAAAUGCAGAAGUCAUUAUUUUUGAGAGGCAAUCAAAUUUACCACAUCAAGGUUCGAUUUGUUCCGAAAGUAGCCAUGGGAGAUCUGUUAUGAAGGAAAUCGAUUCCAACAGAACAACAGCGAAUAAUGAAAAUCACCAAGGAAGUGUAGAAACUGCAGGUGGCAAAGACAACCACCCUGAUGGGUCUGAAACAACAGUGACAAGUGUUUGCUCUACGCAGGAAGAUGUGUGUGAGCUCACAGAACAUGGGGCAGCUACUUUCACUGGGAAGGUGAGAAGAAAGUCUGGAACCAGAAAGAGGCGUUCCUCGGGCCUUGGAUCUCAGAGACGGUCAUCUCGAAUUGCAGAGCAGUGUGGUGAUGAUACCUUGGUUGAAGUGCAGUCCAAAAAAGCCUCACCAAGAUACAUUCCUCUAGGAAAAAGGCAAGUUAUUGUCAGCUCAAUAUUCCAAUGUCUGAAGGAUGAAGUUGCAAGAAAGGAAGGAGAAGUUGAAGAUUUCAGCAUUCCUGAUGAUUAUCUUGAAUGUUGUCUUUCAAGUGGAAAGUCUACCAUUGUUAAACAUGACAUUAGUUGUAAAACAGACAGCGCAGGUAAUGUUCCUAUAAAAAGGGAUAUUCAGCAAUCUGACAUCUUUAAGAAAGCUCCGAAUUUAGUUCAGACGCCACUUAAAGUUGCUGAUGAUCAAACUAGCCUUGUCUGUGAUUUGGGAAAUGUAAUGUUAAAAGAUAGAAAAGAAAUUGAAGAUAUGUCUAAAAUGGAAAUGUCUGAUAUAGAAGAAUCAAGGCCUGGCGAUAAAUGUACAAGCCUGAACAAUUCUAAGGUAGAGAAUAUAGAUUCACCCAUUUUAUUUGAAUCCCCCCAAAAUGACAAGUUUGAUUUCAGUAAUAAAGACUUUAAGGAAAAGAAAACACCUUUCCAGGAAGUUUAUUCUGAACAAUCCAUGACUAACUCAUUGGCUAUUAUAAGAGAAAAUGAUGAAAGAAAUGGGAAAAGUGCAUUAUGUGUUCAGACAGCGACUGGUAUACCAACACAUGAUAUACUUGAAAACCAGAGCUUGAGAAAGGGCGAGGCAGCAGAAACUAGUGAUGUUCAACAUUUACAAGAAAUAGGCAGCUUUCAGUUAGGAGACAGUGAAUGUGUGAGGGAGGUUGUGUGUUGUGAAUGUAGGGACGACGAGGGCACCAGUUCAUACAUAGUGUGCCUGUGUCGGACAGCCCUACAGGUGUUCAACCUCACUGACCACUGCUGGACACUGGUCUCCACUCACUCAUGUAAAGUCACUGUGAAAAAGAAAGCUGGAAGAACACUGUUCCAUGUUCCAGACCCUAAGUGUGUUCAAGUUGUUGUUUUGGAGAACCAGUCUAGUGGAACGACUGCAUGUCUGUACUCUCUCCAGGGAACCAGUCUGCACAGAACUGUACUGGACACCUACCAUACCACCAGCAUUGUUGUGUUCCCCAUGUCCAGCACACACCUGUUUAUCAGUCAGUACAAGGAUCAGAAUUCCCAUGUGACUGUCUUCACCACAGGGCUUGAUCCUGGAGCCUGGGACAGGGCCCCCCUCGAACCAACUGACCAGCAGCUGACCACCCUCACCAAUGUUCGGGGCCUACAGGAGGCUGUCCUUGGGGUCACCGCCAAGGGAAUGGUUCUUAUCUGGAACUACAAACAUGGGAUGCUUCUCUCAUGCUUUGACACCAGUGAAGUCUGCCCAAAUUACCCAUUGUGUGUCGCUGCCUAUUUUGAAGAGGGUUUUCUGAUAUUGCCGAUGUUAUCAUGUCGACGUGGUCGGGAGGCAGGCUCGGUGGUUGUGGUCAACCCUCAAUUCUGCUCAUCAGAAAUACUCCUCUCCCUACGCCCACUGACAGACACUUGGGCAGGCUGUUCCAGUGCCGGCAUGAUGUCACAUGACCUGCUUGUCGCUAAAGAAACCAAUGGAAUGCUGGGAGUUUGGGAUGUGUUCACAGGCUGUUACUUAGCAACCAUUGAUGAUGUCACCAUCACCUGCUUUGGAGUGUCAAAUGAGAAGCUAGUGAUGUGUCACAAGGACUGUGUACAUAUAUUCCAGUUACUGUGAUAUGAAAUGGGCAUGAUAUUUUUUAUGACUUUGUUAUUUUAUGCAAAAAACUUGCACCAUCUUAUUAAAGUCUGAAUAUAUUAGCUCCCAAGUUCAGGUGGAUAUUUGCUUUCGACCAAUGUUAUUAGAAUAUACAUUUUUUA